AUGCCGAAACGGUCAAGAGACCAGGCCGAUCUCGAACAUGGUGCACAUGGACACGGAGAUUUCCCGGACGCGAUGGUCAUCGCACCUUCCGCCCCCACCGAGGAUGACGAAGAGCGGAGGAAGCGGCAGAAGCUCAUCGACCAGAUCUCCUCCCAAACCGCUGUAGACCCUGCGGACCAGCUCCGCUCCGACCAACUCGCCUUCGUCCCUCGCUCCUACCAGCUCGAGCUCGCUCAGCUCGCCAAAGAAGGCAACGUGCUCGUCUGCCUCGACACCGGUAGCGGAAAGACGCUCAUCUCCGUGCUCCUCCUCCAGCAUGUUCAUCAGCAACACAUCCCGCACUCUCCUUCCGCACCUUCUCCGAUCCGACCCAAAGUCUCGUUCUUCCUCGUCAACCUGGUCCCUCUCGUCCAUCAACAGUCCUCCGUCAUCGCCGGCAACUCCACCCUCAGCGUCGGCAAGCUCUACGGCGAGCUCAAGGACACCGUUCGCGGCAAGGGUUACAAGCUCACCACCGAUAGCUGGCGCGAACCGCAGUGGUCCGCCUUGCUCGAAUCGCAUCAAGUCAUCGUCUCCACCGCCCAAUGUUUCCUGGAUGCGCUCAUCCACGGUUUCGUCAAGAUGGACGAUCUCAAUCUGCUCAUCUUUGACGAGGUGCAUCAUGCGUUGAAGAAUCAUCCAUUCUUCCGGAUCAUGAAGUACUACCGACUUGCACCGGAGAAGGAGCGGCCCAAGAUCUUUGGUAUGACUGCCAGUCCGAUUUUCACCAGCACGGGUCGUUUCGAUGAAGCGUCGCGGUACUUGCAGAAGACCAUGAAUGCGAGGAUCCACACUGUGUCGAAGGAGACGCUGCAGGAGCUGCAAGAGGUCAAGCAGAAACCGGACGAGCUGGUGAUCGAGUUCGCACCCUACACGACGAUCCUUGACGAUCUGGUGGCUGGCGUACCCAUGUCGGCUCUCACCCAAGACAUGCUAUCUCGGUUCGGCAAGGACCCCGCUCUGGGAGAAGAUGCGGUGCUCGACCCGGCGACCGAGCACUUCGAAAAGGAAGUGCGACCCAAACUCGAGUACACGAUGCGACAUCUCGGACCGAUCGGCUGCGACCUCCUCUGGUAUAGCACGUUGCUCGAGUUCCGCUCUCGCGCACGAAAGUGGGUCAGCAUCAAUCGCAACCGCCGCACGCUCGUCAACGACGAUUGGAUUCUCGAUGCUAGCAUGCGUACGAGCAUCACGCCUCCCGAGACGCAGACUCCGGCCGAGAGCGAUAGCUCGGACGAGAACCCGGAGUCGCAGUCGAGUGGAUCGGGUCUGGGUCUCGGACUUGCAAUUGCACACCUGUCAACCCAUACAGAGCUUAACGCGCGCAUCCUGCAGCACAUGCGCUCUCAGCCUCUCCUACCAGACGUCUUGCACUUCGAUUCCAGCAAUUCGUCACCCAAAAUCCUGCGUCUACUCGAAACGCUCCGAUGCUUCGCCCCGAGCGCCUCCUCCUUCUGCGCAAUCAUCUUCGUUGAGCGUCGUCAAACCGUCACGCUGCUCGUAGAGCUCAUCAAGCGCGCUCCCGGUCUGUCGUUCAUCCACCCCGAGUUUCUGUUGGGCCACGAAAACGGCAGUGCCAACGGUGGCGCGCUUGGCAUGGACUGGCACGAUCAGGUGCAGGUGCUCAACCGCUUCCGGCGACGCAAGCCCACCAACCUCAUCGUUGCCACCUCGAUCGCCGAGGAAGGCCUCGAUAUUCAAGCGGCCAAUCUGGUCAUUCGAUUCGACCUGUUCAAUCGGCAUAUCUCGUUCCUUCAAUCGCGGGGAAGGGCAAGAGCGAGGGGGAGCAGGUUCAUCCUCAUGGCUGAAACAGGCAACCCUGAGCACGCAGGGGUCAUUCUCAAUGCGUUCAAUACCGAAGCCAAUCGCGCCACUUGGCUCGGUGACAUCGCCGAUCCUGACCACGACGCGGACUUCUGGGAUGCGGAUUGGCAACAAAAGCUCCGGAUCGAAGCCCACGAAGUAGAGGAGGAGUGCAUCUACGAACCCAAGACCAACGCAAGGCUCUUCGCGGAGGACGCACCGACACUCGUCUCGCACUACGCCGCAACGCUGCACAGCGAGUAUCUGAGGGAUGCCGUACUGGCGUAUCGCCUCGAGGCUGUUGAGCAUGGACUUGGCGUGCCGUGCACGUACAAGUGCACCUUGGAGCUGCCGAGCAACGCGGCGGUGCGCAGCGUCGAGUCUGGCGAGUGGCGCAACAAGAAGCAGGCCAAGCGGGCGGCCGCGUUCAAGGCGUGUCAGCAGCUGAGGGAGCUGGGCGAGCUGGAUGAGUGGCUGAUGCCGAGGAUGGUCGAUCGGACGGUUCUACGCGAAGUCGGCGUAGGAAGCGUUAAUCCGCACCACAAGGCCUGGAGGGGCAGUGGGAUGCCGGUGCAGGUGCCGGUGAAGAAGAUGGAUGGCUGGGCGAGGUUUUGUAUCACUGCCGCGCCGAAGAAGGACGAAGGGGAUGUUUGGCAUGCGACGUACCUGCCACUGGACGGAUUCAGCAGGGGAUGCCAGCCAAUUAUGCUGCUCACGCGUGGCGAGCUGCCAGCGACCCAGCAGCUGAGGUUGCUGUGUCCCAAAAUUGGGCGGAUGAAGGAUAUCGAUCCUAAGUCGCUCGGUGCACUCCCACCGCUGAGCAAAGAGGACGUCGAGGCCGCCAAGCGGUUCACGCGGUACGUCUUUAAGCUCAUCGAUCGAAAAGACGGAGGCGGUCGGAACGGCAAAGGCAAGAAUUCUCCCAGAGCGAAGUUCGAGCCCGCAGUCCUGAUCGUACCCGUCCGCAAAUUGGACGGCGUCACCGAAGUGCAGACCAUGAACGACCUCUCCAUCGACCUACCUAGCUCGUUGGCCCUAUCGCCGCUCGACCUGAGCAAAGCAGACCAGCUCGAAGGACGCGUCCUCGUUCGACAGCAUGGCUUCCACUCGUCAGCUCUAUACGCAUUCCAAGCCGUCCGCGCCGACCUCACCCCGAACUCGCCGGUCGACACCACUGUCACAAAACCCGAGGGUACGGUGGAGACCUACCUCUCGCAGCACCUCAAGAUGUAUGGUCGGUUCCACGCAUCCAACGCAGUCGCACCGGAGGACAUGCAUGACGUCCUCACCUCCGAAUUGACCGACACGCCCCUCCUUGAAGUCAUCAAGCUCUCCAAACCGCGCAACCUCCUCAUCCCCUCCUCGGACAAGCCCCCUUCCAACGCGACCCGUCACAUCAUCCCCUACUUCUACCUCGUCCAUCCUCUCUCUUUCCCCCUUCUAUCAUCCAUCCACCUCCUCCCAUGCAUCCUCACAAGGUACGACCAGCUUCUCCUCGCACAACACUGUCGCACCACCCUCCUCCCCACCCUUCCCACCGACAUCGUCCUCGAAGCGCUCACCUCCCCCUCCGCCGGCAACCCCGAUUACGAGCGACUCGAAUUUUUGGGCGAUACAUUCCUCAAACUCGUCGCUACGUGUCACACGUUCACCACGCACCUCGGUCGCACCGAGGCGGAUCUGCACAUGGCCAACAAGGCGAUCUUGACGAAUGUGCGGUUGCUUUGCGAGGCCAAACGGGUGGGGUUGGAGCGAUGGGGGUUGUUCGAGAGCGCGGGUUUUGCUGGGAAGAAGUUCGAGAGUCCGAUGGUGGGGUCUAUCGGUGGAGCGCUCGUCCACGCUCAGGCGGAGGAGGGAAAAUGGGAGGGGGUGAAGGAGAAGAUGCUGAGUGACAUGGUCGAGGCGCUUAUUGGGGCGGGGUUGACCGUCUCCCCCACGCAAGCCCUGGCUGUGUGUCGACUGUUCCACCUCCUACCGCCCACCAUCGUCUCCCUAUUAUCGUUCAACGAUCUUCUAUCCACGCUCAAAUCCCGCUCCAUCUCCGAAUCCUGGCAAACCCGAAUCAGCCGUGAUGGACUGGAUCAUCUCCAAUCGCUCUUCUCCCACCACUAUGCCUACCCGCAUUUGGCACUGGAAGCCUUUACCCACCCCUCCCUGCUCGGUGGGCUGCUACCUAGCUAUCAGCGGUUGGAAUUUCUUGGUGAUGCAUGGUUGGAUUUCUUUAUCGUCCGAACCAUCUAUGCGACCCAUCCCGAUCUCUCACCUGGAGAGCUCACCGCGCUCAAGGGGGUGUGGGCGAGCAAUGCUACGCUGUCGGCGUUGGGCGUUCGAUUGGGUCUGCAUCGCUUCAUCGCGUCCGACAGCGCCGUUCUCCAGACCACCAUCGCCACCUACGUCGCCGCGCUCGAGCGGCAGGGCAAGGAGGGACAGUAUUGGACUCGCAUCCCGCACGGAACGGUCGUUCCCAAAGCCAUAGCUGAUGUGGUGGAAGCGAGCUUUGCUUCCAUCGUCGUAGACUCCGGCUUUGACGAAGGCACGAUUGCCGGGGUAUGGGACCGAAUCUUCCUUCCCUUUUACGAAGAGUUCUGUCGAUGGGACGGAUUGCGCGUGAACGAGGUCAGACGGGUGGUGGAGUACGUCUUUGCGACGCUACGCGCGGGUGGUCGCAAAGUGGAGGUGCGGAGCAACCUACUCGAUCUACCGAACCUAAACGAGGAGGAGGGGGAGACGGUAGUGCAGGCGUUGUUGACGGAGGUGCAAGUGGAGCUGUGCGUGGGCGGGAAAUGUGUUGCCCGGGUGGAAACGCUACUGAGGAGCGUGGGGCAUCUGCAGAAGGCGAUUGGGAUCGCAAGAUGCUUGUCCGAGGUUCAGGCUUCGAUCCUCACGCACAGGGGCAGCGGCGAAAGCUCCGAGACGGAGGACGAACCGAUCGAGACGACAGAGGUGACGGAGAGAAGGGACAGGGAGGCAAAGAUGGACGAGAUGGAGCAUCUCGUGCUGCAACUCACCCGAGCAGUGGGGUGGAAGUGCACCUUCCAGUCGCUCAGCGGCGAGGCGGGCGAGGAGGAGGUCAUGAGCUUGGCCCAGCUGCGAGGGCUGAUCCUGGGAGAUGGCGAGGAGUGA